CAGGGUUUCACUUUCACUUCCCCCUUGUCCUCGAUCACCUGUGUCUCCCUGUUCACUCAUAAUAACUUCAAACACUUUGAGAGACAGAGGGAGAGAGAGAGAGAGAGAGCCUGGCCUCCGAAGUUAGUAGAGAAAGAGUACUUCAGAGUGCAAACCAAACAAUGGAGAAGAGCAAAGUAAGUGGAACGAUGAUGGGCAUGAACUCCUCUUCCGCCGCCGCCAACCGGGAAGAGCUGCAGGAUCAGGCCGCCGGCAGCAUGCGGACGGCGGAGAGCAUACUCCGGCUGGUGCCGGUCGGAUUGUGCGUGUCAGCUCUGGUCGUGAUGCUCAAGAACUCCCAGACGAACGAUUUCGGCUCCCUCUCAUACUCUGAUCUCGCUGCCUUCAGGUACUUGGUACACGCCAACGGCAUAUGUGCAGGCUACGCCCUGCUCUCCGCCGUCGUGGUGGCAAUGCCGCGUCGCCCAGCCACCACGGCCGGAUCCGCCUGGACCUUCUUCUUCCUGGACCAAGUGUUCACUUACUUGAUCCUCGCGGCUGCCUCUGUCUCGGCCGAGGUGCUCUACCUUGCUUACAAGGGAGACCUAGACAUCACAUGGAGCGCAGCUUGCGGCUCGUUUGGUGGGUUCUGCCACAAGGCCAUGGCUUCCUUGGUUCUGACAUUCAUCGUUGUUCUCUUCUUUAUCGGGAUCUCGCUUGUCUCGUCCUACAAGCUGUUCAGCAGGUUUGACACCCCUGUUCUCAGUUGCUCAGCUGCUGCUGCCAAAGGAGGGCUAGAGAUUGCUGCUUUUUAGAACUUGGAAUCAUACGUAUACGUUG